UGGAUUUAGAUUCAGUCUGUCCAAAAUCUGAAAAGUGAAAACACAUUACCACUUUUAAUUAUAUUGAAAAUCCAAACACAAACCUUAAAAACUAAACAAAUAAAACAAAACAAAAUCAUCAUUCUCUGAUUCAUCAAACACCAAAGAGAAUCAGAGAAACUAUGGAAGAUCAACCACUACCAGAAGGAACAUUACAAAACAUCUUAGAACAAGAAACCUUAAAGUGGGUUUUCGUUGGUGGCAAAGGUGGUGUUGGAAAAACAACAUGCAGUUCCAUUCUCUCUAUUCUUCUCGCUUCUGUUCGUUCUUCUGUUCUCAUCAUAUCAACCGAUCCUGCUCAUAAUCUUAGCGAUGCUUUUCAACAACGAUUCACAAAAACCCCUACUUUGGUUAAUGGUUUCUCCAAUCUCUAUGCUAUGGAGGUGGAUCCUACAGUUGAGCAUGAAGAUAUGAGUAGUUCUGAUGGGAUGGAUAAUUUGUUCAAUGAGCUAGCUGGUGCAAUUCCUGGAAUUGAUGAGGCUAUGAGCUUUGCUGAGAUGUUGAAAUUGGUGCAGACAAUGGAUUAUUCUGUUAUUGUAUUUGAUACUGCUCCCACUGGCCACACCCUUAGACUGUUGCAAUUCCCAUCAGUUUUAGAGAAGGGUCUUGCAAAGGUGAUGUCCUUGAAGAAUAAAUUUGGGGGUUUGUUUAGUCAGAUGACUCGCAUGUUUGGCAUGGGUGAUGAUUUCGGUGAAGAUGCAAUUCUUGGGAAGCUGGAAGGAAUGAAGGAUGUAAUUGAACAAGUUAAUAUGCAAUUCAAAGAUCCAGACAUGACAACCUUUGUCUGUGUUUGCAUUCCUGAAUUCCUCUCGCUUUAUGAAACAGAAAGAUUGGUUCAAGAACUCACAAAGUUUGAGAUCGACACACACAAUAUCAUCAUUAAUCAAGUUAUCUUCGACGAUGAAGAUGUCGAAUCCAAGUUACUUAAAGCAAGAAUGAAAAUGCAGCAGAAGUAUUUGGACCAGUUUUACAUGUUGUAUGAUGACUUUAACAUUACUAAGCUGCCACUGCUUCCACAAGAGGUUACUGGUGUUGAAGCUCUGAGAUCAUUUUCAAGACAUUUUAAAACACCGUAUGAAUCCAUAUGCAGUAAAGAUCAAGUAGAGCGGUUAGAGAAUAGAGUAACGGCGCUACAACAGCAGUUAAAAGAGGCAGAAGAAGAAUUGGAGAGAGUCAAAACAGGGAAGAACAAGGAUUGAUUGUUUUCAUUCAUAUGAAUAAUGUCACUAUUGUAUUCUCUUUUGGUUCACAUUUUAUUUUUUGAAGUCUAGAACUUAUAAAGCAUCAUUCUCUUUUCUGUUUUGGGAUGCUAUGUAAACCAAAAAGUAAAAGGAUAAAAAAAUUGUUUAGGGUAGUCUUUUUUGUUUCAAGAAUAUUCUUUACCUGUAACUUUCAGUUUAUGAGUUGGAUGAUUUUUUUUGAGUAUUCUUUA